GCAAAAGGCCGGCCGCGCGUCAUGUCGUCGUCCUCUUUCGGGCAAGAAACUUUCGAAAAUUAUUUCAGACUUCUUAAUUCGAUAUCUCGAACCGCACGAUUCACUUGAUUUUAUACUUCUCUUUGGCAGUGAAAAGGUGAAAAAUGUCAAAAUCAAAAUCUUUCACGUGAACUGUAAUCGAAAUUCGCGCAUCGCAAUGACAAAAAAAAAUAGUUUGCAUCGUGAUAUGUAAAUAAUGCCCGACGAGAGAUUCGCCGCCGCCGCAAGGCACAUCGUUCCACCAUUCUGUCGCUUGAAAAUUACAAGAAAUAGAGACGCGUGAUUUCGGCGCGUGACGAUCCCGUUGACGCGGUUCAGGCAUGGGCGCGUUCCUCGAGAAUCCGAUGUUCCUCUUCGUGGACGACGCGGAACCCAUUUUGCCGAUCUUCCGGUCCACCGAGUACGGUGAUACAGGCAGGAUUGUGGAACUAACGGAUGUCGGCUGCGACACGGAAACCACGUUUCCCAUACAUUUUCCACGCGGCGCGUUUAACCGGCGUCGCGGUGGAGCCGAGAGUCUUGGAUCGACUCGCGGAAUCGCUAAACGACGGUGGUUCAACGACAGACCGAAUGAAUUUGCCCGGAGAGCAAAUAGAAACAUAAAUAGUAAUGAAGGCAGUAAUUACGUCCGAGGGAAAGUGCGACGAGACUAUCGCGAUUACGAUGACACUUCUGAUCUGGAUUUCGACGACUCGUAUGCGGAGAAUUCCUAUGACGAUUUCGAGCUGAAGAACGAUCUCGCUGUCGAGGAAGAUGAUAACUACUAUAUCCAAUUCGUUAGUCCACAAAAUGCGGUCGUGCAUUCUCGUGGAGAACGUACCUCGCGAUACGAUUACUUGCAGAGAAAUCUCGAGGCUCCAUUUACGCGAAGUAUUCACAUAUCUCAAAGGAAGAACACUCCGCGAUGGUUCGACAGCGACGAGAAGAAUCUCCGUGAAAUUCACGAUACUGACGUUCAAUCGAGCGAGCGCAGGAAACGAACAAAGACCCUCUCGAGAACCAAUGGAACCUUCGAUCGUGAGACGGAAUUCGAGCAAACUCGCGAAACGGCGAUGCACCGCGAUGACCUUCCCAACGCCGUUGAUACCGUCGCGCCUUCGAAAAAUAAGUUCUGGGACUUUAUUCCGUUCGAGAACAAUACGAAAUAUGAGGAACCAACUUUUUACGAUCCAAGAACGAGAAAUCAUGGUGGGUUGCAGAAAAUGACGCCGCGCAGAAGAAGAUCAUAUGUCUUUGAUUCUCAAUCGAAACGCAUAAAUAUUGUUGACUCGGAAGGAGAAGAAGAAUUUAAAGAGACGCUGAACAAAGACAGCCGAGAAAACUUAUCGUCCAAGAUUCCGAUAAACAGCGCGAAGCAUCGAACUUCGAAAGGCAACGUGGUGAGGGAGAAGAUUUUGCGAUUAAAUACAUCAAACGCGAUUUCUUCACGCGAUCACUCAAGGAUGCCUAUCGACGAACAAAUUUCAAACAUGUAUCCUGCAGAAAAAAAUUUAAUUAAUACAAGGCCGCAUUCCGCAACCAAAGGAAAGAAGAAUGAAUCUCCGACAAUCGAGAGAAGAGAGGAAAUCACGAGCGCGACCGUCGACAAUCGUCGGUAUCGCGACAGAUUUGUCAACAAGCUUUCCAAUAAUUCUCCCCAAAAAACAAGUCGAGCGACAAAAAUGUUUAAUCGCGUCGCAGACUCGACGAGCAACGGACGGAUAUACGCGGCGAACGAAAGAGAUAACUCGACUUGUCGUCGCGAAAAUGCUGGUAACAAUAAAACGGAUCGGAUCAACGUAACUGUCUCGCGAUUGGCAGCCGAGGAGAAAAUACCGAAGAACGAGAGUGCAUUUGCUCUGAGAAUGACGGGUGCUUCCGCGCCGCGUACGGAUACAGAAAAAAAGGAGGGAAAAUUCUUUUCCAGAUUACCCGUUAGAACGUGGAAACGCCUGAGAACAAAAGAACCCGCCGCGUUGCGUCCUGAGAGCGACGCAGCGAGCGAGGAUAUUAACCGAAAGUUUCAGGCAGCGGAAAACGAGGCUGCGAGGUCGAACGAUCGUCCGGAGAGGGUGGAAAACGAUGACGUCCGCGGAAAAGAUCGCGCGGCCGCGAAUCGCAACGAUGUGAAACGGAGCGGGCGUUUCGAGGCAUCAGGAUCGCUCGGUUCUGAUAAACCAGGAUUAAUCUCCUCCAAUUUGAAGAGCAUAAAAGGAAUCAAGGACUUGAUCACGGCGAGGGGGACACUGCACGAGCAACAGAAGAAGAGAACGAGCGGCAAGUAGAAAUCGCGAGAUAUCUCGGGAUGAAACACAAAAUAUAAUUUAUAGAUUUAUAUCUUCAAUCGAUGUCUAUAUUAAAGCUCUAAUCUAAUCUUU